GGAUCGAACCUGCAUCCUCAUGGAUACUAGUCAGAUUCCUUUCCUCUGCGCUGCAACAGGAACCCUGAGAGAGGAAUUUUUAAAUUUACAGAUGCAUCUGAAGAGAGAGCUCCCCCAUUCCAGCUCCAGCCUGAUGCAGCUUCUUCCAGACCCCAGCCCUGCGGGGUCUGGCUGCCUGGAAUUUAGCAGCUGGGGAAUGACUUGGCAUGACCACUGCCCAGGGGGCUGCCAAGGCACAAGAUGGAGGUGGGGCUCAAGAUGGAGGUGGGCAGGAAACCCAGUUCCCAAAGAUGACCGCUCUGACUGGCACAAGGGGAAAAUAGAUGGAAGCCAGAAAAGACUAAGCAGGAAGGAAGUGCUGGCAAAACGGUGGUUUGAAAUGUGGGCAUUGAGGCCCAGUGCCUGCGGCUAGGUGGCUGGGGAGCGGAGUGCAAACCUGCAGGAAAACAAGUCUGUGCUCCUGGAGUGCUCAGGCAGGGAGUGGAGCCAGUUAGACUCAGGAGUGAAUCCUGCUUUGUCAGCUGGGUGACCUUGGUCAAGAUCUGCAACAUCUCUGUUGCUCAGUUCCUCAUCUGGACAGCGACUUUGAUGGGAACAGUCACCUACAGCUUCUUCCACCAGACCCUGUACAACAAAGCAACAGACUGAUGGGGUCCGGGCCUUCCUGGCAAGCUGUGGGCUUAGGUCUGUAUCGCUAGCCCAGAGGAAGUGUGGGAAAGUAGGGGUGGGGAUGGGAAUGGGGUGACCCCCAAGGAGCUCGAGGGGGAAGUUAGGGAGCGGGUGAUGGACAAUGGCUCUAAGUCCUAGAUGAUCGUGGUCAAAGAAGUCAGGGUCAUCAAAGAUGAGGAAGGGUCAGAGAACAGAAAGGAUCAGAGAACAAGGGGUUAGAGGGGAAAUGUCCACUAAGAUGGGUGAUCAGGAGGAUAAAUAAGAAGAAAGAGAAGAGAAAAGACUCUGGGUGGAAGCAGCAGGGAUCAUAGAAACGAUGCCUCUUGGUGAGAGACCGGAUGAUGUUCCCUAAUUCUGGGUACCAAAGGAACCAGGGAAAUGCCCAUAAUGCCAGUUCUCAAAGGCACAAAAUAGUAGGAUGCUGUUGCAUUGACCCCACGCCCGGAAAGAUGCAAAGAACAAAGUUUACCCAAUAGGCUACGGGACUUACAAUGAUGUUAAUCACAACUUCCAGGAGUCUAGCAUUUAAAGUAGCUUUUGGAAACACUUUCAAGUUUGUCGAUUUUUUUGGGGGGGGGGGUUGUUUUGUUUUUUAAUCUCAGGUCACACCCUCCAAAAGGUAGUGGAAAUAAAUUUGAAUAAACAAAACAGGUUUGCUGAAAAUAAAACCAGGACUCCUAAACUGCUCCAGUCAACCUGCUUCUACAGGGUCCUGCUGUCAGGCAGCACAGCAGCAAGGCUGGGCCAGCAGCAGCCAGCAUGUACCAGGCAGUUGCGUUCUUGGCAAUGGUCAUGGGAACCCACACCUUCCAUUUGCGGUCCCAGAAGGGCUGUCCCCACUGGCCCAACUGCUGCCCCAGCAAAGGACAGAACCCCAUAGAAGAGUGGCUGAAGCAGAAUGCUGUGCUCAUGCCUCCUCUGGAGAUGGCUAGCCCCACUCCCCACCCAGAAUCCUGCAAGGCAAGUGAAGACGGACCCCUCAACAGCAGAUCCAUUGCCCCUUGGAGAUACGAGUUGGACAGAGACUUGAACCGGCUGCCGCAGGACCUGUACCAUGCUCGUUGCCUGUGUCCACACUGUGUCAGCCUCCAGACGGGUUCCCACAUGGAUCCCCUGGGUAACUCAGAGCUGCUGUACCACAACCAGACCGUCUUCUACCGGCGGCCGUGCCCUGGACAGCAGGGCGCCCACGAUAACUACUGCCUGGAGCCCAGGCUCUACCAAGUCUCCCUGGCUUGCGUGUGUGUGCGGCCCCGUGUGAUGGCCUAAUGGAGCCACCCAUGGCUGGGCUCUGGUCGAACGCUGGAGCUGGGUGUACAACCACCUGCCACUGUGAGCUAGGAUGCCGGAGCAUUCAACCCCUCCAAAGCACAACCAAAGUCUCAGGAUCUUGGGAAAGGACUUUUGGGGGGACCGCACUUUGCACUUUUUGAAGUGGAUGGGAAAUGCAAAGUGAGUCCAGGGGAAUAGUGGCUGCUUAUGGCCCCUGGAGGCUGGUGUCCUGGCAUUUCCUCCUGGGAAAGGUCUUCAAAGCUCUGCCUGUUUCCAUCUCUUCUUUCCUCCCAUCCCCAGCUGCCCUGGUACAGCACAGGCACUUUCUGAUAUUUUCCCCUUCGCCAUGGAGAACCCUUCAUUUCGUUCAUUCGUUUGCUCAUUCAUUCAUUCAUUCAUUCAUGAAACACUCGGUAAGCACCUACUUUGGAUGCUCUAUUUUAUACAUCCUGGUGUAGUUACUUUUGACAUGGGUGCCUCUGAGGAAGAGACUGUUCCUGAGCAUGAGGAGAAUUAUCCAAAUAAAUCAUCUGUAUUUAAAAGUGGCCUAAUUUGUUGUUGGCAUCCCUCGUGCCUGAGCAUCUUGUGGUCCCCAGCCUGGUCCCUUCUCCUCCCCACUGGCAGCCCUCACCUACUGC